AUGAAAAACAAAGAUUUGAUACCAUCCGAAGAGCAUCAAGUGAACAAAGAUCAGGAUGUGUGGAGCAGUCUUCCACCAGAGCUUUUAAGUUUGGUAUCAUCAAAUCUCUUUGCAGGGGACAAAGCGAUUUUCCAUGCAAUUUGCAAAACAUGGCGAUCAAUCCCCAUUGCUCCACCACGUCCACUUCCUUGUCCAUUCGAUCAUGAUGAGGAUUCUCCAUUUCCAUGGUUGUUCCGAAUCCUAAAAGGCAAUACUGACAGAGGCCAAUUUUUUCAUCCCCUACAUAAUUACACUUGCGAGUUGGACCUUCCAGCAGAAGUAUUAGGUGCUGAAGUCCGCUUUUCAAAGUAUGGCUGGCUACUAAUGACUCGAGAUGAGGCACAUCCGUUUCUCUUCAAUCCUUUGACAAAAGAGAUUAUUGAACUUCCUGAGCUACCUCCCCUCGAAUGGGUGCAUUCGAUGUUCUUUACUUCUCCACCUUCCCCAGAUUGUUUGGUUCUCGGAAUCGAAGGGCGAUUUUAUUCAGUCUCCUUUUUUGUCCAUAAACUAGGAGAAGGUUCUUGGGAAAUGCUUAAUUUUCCAUGUAAGGGAAAGUUUCGAUUAUCUAUUUGCAAUCCAGUUUUAUACAAAGGAUUAUACUAUUGUUUGGAUGCCAAGGGAAACUUGGGAGUAUUUGAUCUGAAAGACAUAGAAAAUAGUUGGGAUACCUACAAAAUGACUUUCCCAUCAUGCCGUAUCAAUUCAAUUGCUCAAGCAUCUCUAGUGGAAGAUGAAGAAGAAUUGUUAGCCGUUCUCAUUACAAAGGAUGAUCAAAAGAUUCAUGUUUUAAAGUUGAAUCUGACAAGUAAGAUAUGGGAACCGGAUGAGAGACUUAGUGAUAUCCAUAACAUAUUGGAAAAUCCAUCAACCUUGAAGAACAAAUUUUGUGCCAUGCAUGAUGCACCUGAAAUUCAAGCUGAGAAUUGA